ACACACACACACACACAUCUAAGUGUCUGGCAGUCUUUGUGUGUUUGGAGCCUCCCCUCGUCCCACCCCUCACUCCUCCGCCAUGGAGUGACCCAGACUCCGCUGCGCUUCAUCAUCCUCAUCCUCAUCCUCGCGAACAAUAGAGCGGACGCUGCGGCCCGCGCUGCUCCCGGGAUUACCGACACAGCGAGCGAGCGCACGGAAUAAACCCGGCAUCGUUUCUGACACGAACAAUCGGCAAAAGAUGGCGAACGAGUCCCCCGCUAAGAGUCUGGUGGACAUCGACCUCGCGUCGCUGCGCGACCCUGCGGGCAUUUUCGAGCUGGUGGAAGUGGUCGGUAAUGGCACGUAUGGACAAGUGUACAAGGGUCGACAUGUUAAAACCGGACAGCUGGCAGCCAUCAAAGUCAUGGACGUGACUGAAGAUGAAGAGGAGGAGAUUAAGCUGGAGAUUAACAUGCUGAAGAAAUACUCUCAUCACAGGAACAUCGCCACGUAUUACGGCGCGUUCAUCAAGAAGAGUCCUCCAGGACACGACGACCAGCUGUGGCUGGUGAUGGAGUUCUGUGGAGCCGGAUCAAUCACAGACCUGGUGAAGAACACUAAAGGAAACACCCUGAAAGAAGACUGGAUCGCCUACAUCUCCAGAGAAAUCCUCAGGGGUCUGGCUCACCUGCACGCUCAUCACGUCAUACACAGAGACAUCAAGGGUCAGAACGUGCUUCUGACGGAGAACGCCGAGGUCAAGUUAGUGGACUUCGGUGUGAGCGCUCAGCUGGAUCGAACCGUGGGCCGCAGGAACACCUUCAUCGGGACGCCGUACUGGAUGGCUCCGGAGGUGAUCGCCUGCGACGAGAACCCAGACGCCACGUACGACUACAGGAGCGAUCUCUGGUCCUGUGGGAUCACAGCUAUAGAGAUGGCCGAGGGCGCUCCUCCGUUGUGUGAUAUGCAUCCCAUGCGAGCGCUCUUUCUCAUACCCAGAAAUCCUCCGCCCAGACUGAAGUCCAAGAAAUGGUCUAAGAAGUUCUUCAGCUUCAUCGAGGGCUGUCUGGUGAAGAACUACACGCAGCGUCCGCCCACCGACCAGCUGCUGAAGCACCCCUUCAUCAGAGACCAGCCCAACGAGAGACAGGUGCGCAUCCAGCUGAAGGACCACCUGGACCGCUGCCGCAAGAAACGAGGAGAGAAAGACGAGACCGAGUACGAGUACAGCGGCAGUGAGGAAGAGGAGGAGGAGGCUCAGGAGCAGGAGGGAGAGCCCAGCUCCAUCGUGAACGUGCCGGGCGAGUCGACUCUGCGGCGAGACUUCAUCCGUCUGCAGCAGGAGAAUAAGGAGCGCUCGGAGGCUCUGAGACGCCAGCAGCUCCUCCAGGAACAGCAGCUCCGCGAGCAGGAGGAGUACAAGCGGCAGCUGCUGGCCGAGCGACAGAAGCGCAUCGAGCAGCAGAAGGAGCAGAGGAGGCGUCUGGAGGAGCAACAGAGACGAGAGCGAGAGAUGAGGAGGCAGCAGGAGCGAGAGCAGAGGAGGAGAGAGCAGGAGGAGAAGAGACGUCUGGAGGAGAUUGAGAGGAGGCGCAAGGAGGAGGAGGAGCGCCGAAGAGCUGAGGAGAAGAGGAGGGCUGACCGCGAGCAGGAGUACAUCCGCCGGCAGCUGGAGGAGGAGCAGAGACACCUGGAGAUCCUGCAGCAGCAGCUGCUUCACGAGCAGGCCAUGCUACUGGUGGACGACCGUCACCGGAGGAACGUGCAGGGCUCUCCUCAGGCCGCCGUCAUGCAGAAGCAGCCUCCCCCCGUGCCGCCGCGCUCAGAGCCCUCCAACGGCAGCAGCAGUGUGUCCGAGCCCAGCCACCGGCCCGCCGACCCGCAGGAUCUGACGGCCCUCGCUAAAGAGCUGCGUGCCGUGGAGGACGUGCGGCCGCAGCACAAAGCCACGGACUACUCGUCCUCCAGCGAUGACUCCGGGACCACUGAUGAUGAAGACGACGAGGAGGUGGAUCAGGACCUGGGAGAGGAGUCGACGUCCGGCCCGGAGGACUCCCGCGGAGGCUCGUCCAGACUCAGUAAUGGUGAGACGGUAGCAGCGAAGACGAUGGUUGUCCAAGACGACGACGCCUCCUCUACGCCGUGCAAAGACAGCACGCUGGUCAUGAGACAGUUCCAGAGAUCAGGGCCCGUGACAGUGUUGGGUUCAGGCUGGAAAGACGCUCCUAGUCCCAGUCCUGUAGAGAUUGGGCAGAGGAACUGCAUUAGGGGUCGAAAUCCCUUGCUGCCCGACCUGCUCCUGCAGAGUCAGCGCUCUUCCCCCUCUUCCUCCUUUCCCAGCAGCCCUGUCCUGUCCCCCCUCAGUCCCUCGGACAGAGUCCCGUGCUUAGCAGAGACUCCCACCGUGCCGAAGCACAAGUCUUCCUCGUCUUUCACACCCUUCAUUGACCCGCGCCUCCUCCAGGUCUCUCCAUCCACCGGCAGUGCACUCAAUAAUGCUGCUUACAGUAAUGACGCUCGACUGCAGGAGGCUCUGCGGCUGGACGCGUCCCGUAAGGGUUCGGUGGUCAACGUCAAUCCUGUCAACACACGGCCACAGAACGACACUCCAGAGAUCCGCAAAUACAAGAAGAGGUUCAAUUCAGAGAUCCUGUGUGCUGCUCUCUGGGGUGUGAAUCUGUUGGUUGGGACAGAGAGCGGCCUCAUGCUGCUGGAUCGCAGUGGUCAGGGGAAAGUCUACCCGCUCAUAAGCCGCAGACGCUUCCAGCAGAUGGAUGUUUUGGAGGGACUCAAUGUGCUUGUGACUAUAUCAGGGAAGAAGAAUAAAUUGCGGGUGUAUUAUCUGUCCUGGCUGAGGAACAAGAUCCUCCAUAAUGACCCUGAGGUGGAAAAGAAGCAGGGCUGGACCACCGUAGGAGAUCUAGAGGGAUGUGUGCACUACAAAGUUGUGAAGUAUGAGAGGAUCAAGUUCUUGGUUCUGGCCCUGAAGAAUUCAGUAGAAGUAUACGCGUGGGCUCCCAAACCGUACCAUAAAUUCAUGGCUUUCAAGUCGUUCGGUGAUCUGGUGCACAAGCCGCUGCUGGUUGACCUCACAGUUGAAGAAGGCCAAAGGUUAAAGGUCAUCUAUGGGUCCUUCUCUGGCUUUCAUGCUGUGGAUGUGGACUCAGGAGCCGUCUAUGACAUUUAUCUGCCAACUCACAUUCAGACCAGUAUUCAGUCACAUGCCAUCAUCAUCCUGCCAAACACCGAUGGCAUUGAGCUGCUGGUGUGUUAUGAAGACGAGGGCGUGUAUGUCAACACCUACGGCCGCAUCACCAAAGACGUGGUGCUCCAGUGGGGCGAGAUGCCCACCUCUGUGGCUUAUAUCCGCUCUAACCAGAUCAUGGGCUGGGGAGAGAAGGCCAUAGAGAUCCGCUCGGUGGGAACAGGCCACUUGGAUGGAGUUUUCAUGCACAAAAGAGCACAAAGGCUCAAGUUUCUGUGUGAGAGAAAUGACAAGGUUUUCUUUGCAUCUGUGCGUUCUGGAGGCGCGAGUCAGGUGUACUUCAUGACGCUGGGCCGCACCUCUCUGCUCAGCUGGUAAAGCAGGAGUCUGAGCCAUCGAUGGAGUUUCUCGACACGAUCAGCCGAGGCCAGGCCACACGAACGGUCCGAGCCCGCUGCAGGACUGACAAACCGGCAAACACACAUAACUGAACCUGCUGCCUGAGGAACGACUCGAGUAUCUCCUGUAUUAUUGCUCGUCUGUGUAAAUGUCUUUCUCUAGAGUUUAAUACAAUCUGACUCCGCUGAGAGGAACGCUGACAUCCUGCUGUUGUGCCACAUAUAGUGUUCUGACAGUGGUGAAACACAAAAUGGCUUUGUUUUGUCAUGUAUUUUUAUUUAUGGCUUGUAUUUAUUUCUAGGUUGUUCUUUGUUUUUACUAAACAGAGUAGUUCCAGUAAUGUGGAGCUUGAAAUGUUUCCUGACAGUGUUCCCAGUGUGCUCUCAGGUAAUGGUCAUGUGACGUCAGCCGGAAGCGGACCGCUGCGUCAAACACAUGGGUUUGGAUGAAUAAGUUUGUUUAGGCUCUCUGUUGCCUCUCCUCCUCCUCUGGUCUGCUCUCAUGGCAUCUAUUCUCAUUCAUUUUUUAUUGUCUCUAACCCUCUUUUUCCUUCUGUCAUGUGUCCGAUGAGUUUUAAUCAGGCUUUUGACCUGUCCUGUCCUUUUUUAAGAAACCAUGAGUGAAAGCUUGUUCUGGCAUUUCAUGCAUUGGAGCCAGAAAACUGAAACUGAACUGUCCACUCAACAUCCAGAGCAGAGAGCACCGUUACAGACCUGACAUUCAAUUCAUUUGGGAAGAGUUUGAAUGGUUUUAGAGAUGUGUGAAUGCAGAGCAUCACAAACAGAGGAGUAUCUCUGUUAGGGAAACACCAACUUCAGCCGGAUGUGAGACUGUCAUGGACUCUGAUUACUAUGAUCUGAAACUGAACUGUGUGUAUUCAUGAAAGGCAGGACUGAGAGAUGAAGCGGCUGAACCAAAGGAAAGAGAUGAGCGCUCACGCACAGCGCUGCUUCUGUACUGUCUUCUCUUCUCUUCCUGCUUUUAAAGUUUCCACACACACACACACACACUCUCUCUCUUCUGCUGAUUGGAGUGAAUCUGUUGUGGUAACUGGAGUUAUUUUCUCUGUUUAGUUCAUCUCUCCUCACACACUCCAGAUUUAUAUCUUCUAUAAGUUCUAUAUUUAUGUUACUUGUGUUAAAUAGUAUUAGAUCAUACGAUUUUAACUAAGCUGUUGAACUUUCAGUAAGAUUUGUCAUAAGAAGAAUGUGAUUUGUGCCAAUGGCAAAACUUCACUAAAAGUGAAGCGUACGUGUUUAGAAACAGCCACGAAAUGAAAACUGCUUUGGUGGCUUCUUUAAGUUUUAUCUGUGAAGUGAAUUCUGGGUCCGUCAUACAGUUAAACACAGUUUCAGGUGUUGCCCUGAUACAAUGAGUCAGCUGGAACAAAGAAGAACGGUUUAAACAAGCAAAGUUUUGUCAAUCUUAUGUUCAUUGUUGUGUUUCAUUUGAAGAUUUGUUUAUGUUUUAUUUCAGCCAUCAUUGUCGUUGAUUGAUUAAUAAUCCAGCUGGUGUUGUGACUCUCUGGAGCUGGUUGUGUUUUCAGUCGUGGCACUGUACCGUACGUCCUCACUCUAUAUGACAGGAAGUCCUGUAUGUUCCUGAUGUUUUUCUUUGGAAAUAAAUUGGGUUUACUUUAA